GCAGUAUGACGGAAGAGACACGGUCGCACCAGGCGCGGAUCCGGGACCUUCUGGAGGGCGAGAGCCAUCGCGCCCUGCACGACCGCUUCGAGGCGCUGAGCGUCGAGGACGUCGACGCUCUCUGUGGCUUCCCGUCGCACCCGCACCGGAGCGUGCACAUCUUGCUCGGCGCCAUCUACCUCGUCCUCUUCGAGGUCGAGCAUCCAUCGUUCUACAAGCUCACAUGGACGUUCUUGCGCGAGACGCUCUUGCGUAGCCCGAGCACCUUUGUCCACCGGCUCCAUGGCCAUCUACGGCAGCUAAACCACGGCGAGUCUGGGCCAUUGUCCACCGCGACGAUCGACGUCUGCCUCGUCUACCUCGAAGACCCCUCGUUUCGUCUCACUGCUGUCGCCAAGAUCAGUGCGAUUGCAGCGGCGUUGGGUAGCUGGGUGUACCUCUGUCUCGCAACGGUGCUCUCGCCAUCGACUUUAUACGAUCUCCAAGCCAACGAGCGACAGAGCCCGUUGAAGUCGGCGCCGUACCGACGCACCUUUCGCCACGUCUUUCGUCGUCAUGGGCGCCGUCUCUUGGCCCAUGUCGUCGCCACCGACGAUGGAUUGCGCAUCGCUGUUGCGGAUGCAUUGGGCCAGCGAUGCAUGGUGGCGUACCUCCCGGCCGACGACCACCGCGUUCUGUCGCUUCUGCGCGGCGCGUCUUCUUAUCCGCCUCGCGCGCUCCACGCAGCCAUUGCCCAAGCCAUGCACACGUACGACUGGCCGUUUGAGCCGCCACGCGCCGUGGUCGGGCGGCAACGCCUCCCCGUUCUCUGCUACGUCCUUGUGCUCGAGGCGAAUGAGAUGCGGACGGUCUCGAUGAGUGCUGUCUUCGGGACACUGUCGAUGCCGCUCUCCAAGCUCCGCAAUGGUCUCCGCGCUUCCGAGGGCGCUCGGUUCUAUUACCGAGGCACCCGCGUCGCGCUGUCGACCGAAGCGCGCCUGCGCUUGGCACAGCUGCUGCCCUUGGUUCUGCUCGUACAGAAAGGACCGCGGCGCCAGGUUGCCGCUUGCACCGCCUUUGCCACGUAUGUGCAAGCCCAUCUCGUCAUGGGCGCCUGCGUCGACCCGCCGGACGUCGUGGCACUGCCGCACGUCCGGAGUGUUGGCGUGCAGCUGCCCUUGACCGACGAAAUCCGCGAGCUGAUGCUUGGCACGCUCAAUCAAUGGAGCCAGCGCGGGUACGAUGCCAUCGCGGGCGCCCACGAGAGUGAUUUUUACACGGCAAUUCGCCUUCGACACUUGCCCCUGCAGACCGAUAUUGAUCGGUUCAAGGACGCACGCAAGUACCAUGAUAUGUCACUGCCAUCGCUGCCCGCGAUCCACAGGCAAGGAGACGCACGCAGCGAGGACGACGCAAAUUGGUGUGCAAUCCCCAUGUACCUGCUUGCCUCGCUGCACGCAACGCGGCUCAACGAGUGGCUGUGCUUCAUCGAAGCACCGUGUCCCGUGCCCGAGUUGAUGCUGCCGCACCUGGCGCCCGGCAGCGGCCUCCGCCUCGUCAAUGGCUUGGACGUUGUCGUCGCACCGUUGCAUCCCGCGUCCUCGGAUGCCACGGACAUUCGCUACCAGUGUCUUCUGCGCCGACCGCAGCGCGGAAGCGUCAACUGCCCGGCGACCUCGAACCUCUGGCGGCUCGUGCCAUCGAGCAUGGACACGCGGCCGCGCUGGCUCCAGCAGCUGCAGUUUUACGUCCGGCACCCGACGACCGAGUACGUCGGGUCGCCCUUGCACUAUGUGUUCUUUCGACUGCGCCUCCAAUACGCUGUGCCGGAAGAAGCGCUGGAAAAUGGUUUUUGGAGCGACAGACUCGACUGGACGCCGUACGUUGGGGCGACCCCAGUCCUCGACAUGCUGUGUGCCAAGUACAAGGAGCUCUGCGAGACGUACCCGUCCAACUAUUUUGUCGACUCUGUGAAAUUUGCAAAGUUUAUUCGCGACUGCGGCGUGACGCCCGAGCUGCUCCCACUCGGUCUUCUCGAUCGUAUCUUCUUCAAACACGCGUGCCCCGUCUUCCAACACCAAAUGGAGCGCGACGGCUUCUUGGCCGCGCUCGACGCGGUUGUCGCCGAGGUCUACCGCAGUCGAGUUGAGCAGCACCCGCUGCGCGCCUUUGUCUUGGAGCACUUGACGCGCGACCCGCACAGCAAGGCGCUAUGGACCACGGCACUCGAGCGCUACCGCUCGCAGGCCAAGCUCGACCAAAUGGAAUUGCUGGCGCGACACAUGUGUGCCGCGACGCGCCUGCAGGCAACGUACCGGGGCCACGCCGUUUACGCCCAAUACCAGCACCACUUGGCCCUACUACGACAACGCCGUCGGGCUGUGCUCGUUCUGCAAUGCUACGGGCGCAUGUGGAUAGCGCAGGCACGGUACGUUGUCUUGCUCGCCGCCUUGCGCGAACGCCAGCGACUGGAAGCCAUCGAAGCCGAGCGCCGGCGCGUUGAGGAGCUGCGCCGUCUCUAUCUACUUGGCCGGUGCGUGCGGCUCCAGCGCUGGGCCCGACAUCGGCUCGGGUGGCGCCGCCUCUUUCGCCGAAUGCACCCCGAGUGGGUCUGCCAUCUCCACCGCCUCAAGAUGCGUCGGCGACUCUUCCUCGACCGAUUUGGCAUCUACGUGGACGGUCGUCGCUUCAUCAUCUCGGUCUUUCGGUGUCACGUCGACUUGGCUAAGGACCGACAGCUUCGUCUCGAGCUUUUUGAACCCGAAAGUUGCCGCGUGUACGAGAUGACGCUCCACACGUCCCUUUUAUCUCAGAUCUGGGCCGACCUUGCCACGCCCGCCAAGGCAAGAACAUCGACGCUGCGGCUGCAGCUGCGGCUUGUCUUUGGGCGAUUGUACAUCGGCAAAAUGACCCAGCGUCUCAGGCUGCAUCGAAGCGCUGCGUUCGACACGCCUGGUCGGCACCUCGCGCACCGCGUUGUAUGGGCGCCGCCAACGGCGUACGUUGUCUGCUUAUCCGGUGUCCAUUAUGACUAUGUUCUCCGCGUCUACGAGCCCACCUCGAGCGUGCUUGUCACGUACACGCUGCACGCCUCGUUGGCGCAUGCCAUCGUGACUUUUAUGCAGCGAGCUCGACAUGUGACGUGGCGCUGCUGUGGCGUGCCCCUCGAUCGUCCGGCGUCUAGCCUCGGCGCCGCGCGGUACCUCUUGACAUCGGCACUCGACUGCCCGCAUCAGCACUGUGCCCACGACGUUCUUCGAGCGCUCACGCUGUACGUGGCAGCAUACGGUGUCGUUGCGCCGACAGCAGCAAUGUUGCCAGACACUGUCGUCGCGCAGCAGAUGCAACGAACACAAGCGUCGGAGGCGCAGCGCCACCUAGAAGUGGCGGCCGCGCGUAUGCUCCAGGCGCGAUGCCGAGGGAUCCUCGCGCGCCAGCAUUUUCGCACGCGACUACCCUCGAUGUACACCUUCCGGAGCGAGGCAACGACGGGCGAGCGCUUGUAUCAGAACAAGGUGCAUGGAACGAUCUCGCGCACGCAGCCGUUGGCGCGACUGUACCCGGGUGUGCACUUUGACUCACCAACGGACGAGUGGCUGGCGCAGUUCGACGCAACCUCCGGUCGUGUCUACUACUAUAACCCCGCGCGGGGGUGGUCGACGUGGUGGAGCCAAGACAAUGCGGUGCGGGCGCUGCAGCGACUGGUUCGGCGGCGCCGCUUCCAGAACGCAGUUGGCCGCGUGUCAUUACCACUGCUCGUGCAAGCCCUCUCGUUUCACACGAACGUCCCGCUGUUCACGUCGACAUUGCCACUGCACGAACAACAGCGCUGUGCGCUGCAUGCCCUUGCGUCCCUCGAGUUGGACCAGGCGUAUCGGUACUUGGAGGCCAUUCUGCAUGUCGCGCAAGGAGACGUCGUGGCGUCCGUGGCCCUCGCGCUGCUCUUACUCCUUAGCGGACGAAAACCUCAGUCCAAGAACCGACAGCGGGCGCUGCGACUGCUGCAAAUGGCCAAGCAACGCGACGUUUUACUGCGGGACGUCACGCCGCUCGAGGACGCCUGCUUCCGGUGGCGCGUCAUCGCCGACCCGACCAACGCGCUCGCUCUGGGGCUCUAUGCCUUGUUCCAGCAGCAUAUUCACAGUGACCUCGAUCGGGCGGAGACACUGUUCCGACGCGCACUUGCGGUCGACGCACUCAACGAGCCGCUUCUACACGAGUACAAUGCCCUUCAGCACGAGCGAAGUCCCACGGGCGUGUAUGCUACCGUUGGCCCGAGCAAGCACCGUCUGCCGCGCUCGGUCGUGCUUGCGCGUGCCGGGUCAUGGGAGCAGCUGCGCGAUAACGAGGCCGGACACGUCUUUUGGCGCCAUGUCCGCACCAAACACCUCCAGUGGGCGCAUCCCGCCGACACGGUUAAUGGCGAUGCCACGAAAGAAGCGCACUAAAUUUUCAAUCAAUUUGGAAUACCGCAC